AAGCCGAUUUAUGAAUACGAAUUUAAGUUUUUCAUGCAACCAUUGACAGUUUCUUAUAUGAUUUUACUGAUGAGUAACAGAGAGCAGUGAACAGUGACCAUACUUAAUGCACAGUUUGACAGAUGGCGAUAAGUUUUAGCCAUACGAGUGUGAACAAUCGUCAGCUUUACAGUCGCGAAUUACUGCGAUUCAGUCGCAAGCCCCUUUCAGUUGGUUCUAAGAUUGCGCCGUUUACGCCAGUAUUGCUGUAUUUGUAUUUAUAAAUUACCAAAAAUAAUCGUACCAUUCAUCAGUGUUUGCCUCGACGCAGUGCCGGUCAGUUCGUUCUCGUGAAUUGUUGAUCUAUAUUUGAUAAAUUUGUAUAAGUUAACAACGUUGGUUCUAAGAUGAAUUCGCUCAGAGUGUGCAGAGUACUUGGAAAUGGAGUUUAUAGUUCUGAAGUGGUAGUCCGUUGUUUUGGUACAUCUAACACCUGCCAUGAUAACCACAAAUGCAAAGUGUUGGUGGUCGGAGGAGGUGCCGGUGGAUGCGCCGUUGCAGCUAAAUUGUCCAGCAAGCUUGGCGAGGGGAAAGUUACCAUCCUGGAACCAGCGGAUAAACACUAUUACCAGCCAAUGUUCACCCUUAUUGGCGGAGGAAUUAAGACCCUCAAAGAUAGCUACCGCCCCAUGUCUAAGGUUCUCCCCACUCUCGCGAAGUGGGUGCAGGAUUCCGCCGCAAAGUUCGAACCGGAAAACAACACCGUUUACACGGCAAAGGGUGACAAAAUCGAAUACGAUUUUUUGUUGGUGGCUACUGGACUACAACUGAACUACAACAAAAUUCCUGGAUUGGUGGAGGCUCUUUCAAUUCCGAAAGGUAAAGUUUGUUCAAAUUACUCGCCCAAAUACGUCGAUCGCACCUACCAAGCGCUACAGGCAUUCAAGUCAGGGAAUGCUAUUUUUACGUACCCGAACUCUCCGGUAAAAUGUCCAGGGGCGCCUCAGAAAAUUCUAUACAUUGGAGAACACUAUCUGCGAAAGUCUAAGAAAAGACAAAACGCCAACGUCAUCUACAAUUCGUCGCUUCCGGUUAUAUUUGGUGUCAAGCAUUACGCGGAUCAGCUCUGGAAGAUUGUAAAGCAACGUGACAUCAAAGUAAAUUUACGCACGAAUCUGAUCGAAGUCAUCCCUGACAAGAAUCAGGCAGUAUUUCAGAACCUGGAUAAACCGGAAGAGAAAUUUACCACGGAUUACGAACUUCUUCAUGUUACUCCACCAAUGAGUGCUCCAGACGCGUUGGCAGCAGCCACUAAUCUGGUAACGGAAGCGGGAUUUGUAGAUGUUAAUAAAGACACCCUGCAGCAUGUGAAGUUCAGUAAUGUCUUUGCCAUUGGCGAUUGUUCAGCUUCUCCUAACUCAAAAACUGCUGCAUCAGUUGCCGCCCAAUCGCAAGUCGUGUAUAAAAAUAUGAUCGCAGUCAUGAAUGGAGUGAAACCGAUAAGAGUUUUCGACGGAUAUGCAUCCUGUCCUCUGGUUACUGGUUACAACACCUGUAUUAUGGCCGAAUUUGACUACAAUCUAACUCCACUGGAAACCUUCCCACUCGAUCAGAGCAAGGAACGGAGAUCGAUGUUUUAUAUGAAGAAGGAUCUGAUGCCCCCACUGUACUGGCACCUUUUGUUAAAUGGUUUAUGGAAUGGACCCGGCUUCGCUAGAAAAAUGAUGCAUUUAAACUUCAAGUAAGAUUAUUCCUAACUCGUUAUUGUGGUAGAAUAUAACAACAAAAUGCUCUUCAUUAUGUAUUACAUAAAAAUACUUUUCGAUCCACGAAGAUAUUUGACAAGAGAAUUCAAA